CCGCCCCCCCCCCCCCCCCCUCGAGCCCUCGGGUCUGGGCCGUGCCGCCGCGUGGCUCUGUCUCCGGAGCACCUGGGCUGAGGCAGCUGUGACACUGGUGUGAGUGGCACCCUGGAAGCCACUGGGCCUUUGACAGUUCCCUCCUGGGAUUCUCUGAUCCUUAAACUUGAAGAGCCGUUAAAGGGCAUUUUAGGUUGUAUCUGCUGGUCCGGCGAUGAAGCAAGUCUCCACGAGCUGCUGAACUUUUCCCGAAUGCCCUGGAUGGAGUGAGGGGCCAGGGAGACGCAGGGGGCAGCGCAGACCCACGACGUCUUGUGUCGCUGCCUCUGGCAAAUAGGAGCCCGACUGGCCUGCCUUCCAGGCGGUGGCGAAUGAGCCCGCCUGCCUUACCUGUCACCCCUGCCCGAGCCCGGGCCUUUCCUCCCGCACCCCUGCUGGCACAGUGUCGGUGUGCAGAGGCCGAGCUGAGGCUCUCCUCCGGAGAAGAUGGCAGCUCUUCGUACGACCCCGGACUCACCAGCCACGCAGCUGGCGAAGGCGGAGGAUGGGUUGGGAUGUGGUCCUGCUCAGGAGGAAGAAGAGGAAGAAGAAAAGGGGGAAGAGGUGGAGCUGGAGGAGGAGGAGGAGGAGCUCCUAGCGGAGGACAGGGAGGACCAGGCGGUGGUGGAGGAGGAAGAGGAGGAGGGGGGGCAGGCAGGGCAUGUGGAGCAGGUGGAGGUGGAGGUGGAGGCGGACGAGGACGAGGUGGUGGCAGAGGAGCAGAGUCCCACGUUGGGGACCCAGGGACGCCUUCGCCGUGCCGGUGAUGCCAAGUCCCCAGUUCUUCAGGAAAAGGCCUUGCAGGCCAGCCAGGCUCCAGCCACACCUAGGGAUGAGGACCUGGAUGAGGAGGAGGAGGAGGAGGACGAGGAGGACGAGGACGAGGAAGAUGAUGACGAUUCCCUGACAGCUGGGUCUCAGGGGCUGGUCACCUUUGAAGACGUGGCUGUGUAUUUCUCGCUGGAGGAGUGGGAGAGGCUGGAUGCAGGCGAGCGGGACCUUUACAAGGAUGUCAUGCAGGAGAACUAUGGGAUCCUGGUGUCCUUGGGAUACCCAAUCCCCAAGCCGGAUCUGAUCUUCCGGCUGGAACAAGGGGAGGAGCCCUGGGUCCCAGAUAGCCCCCGUCCUGAGGAAGGAGACAUUGUCACUGGCGUCUACACAGGGGCCUGGUUCUGGACCGACGAUAUAGAGGACCACGAGGAGGAGGAGGACGAGGACUUCCUGGCGGAGGUGGCCGAGGAGGAGAACGAGCCCCCGGGGCUCUGGUCAGCAGCUUAUGGCGUGGGGGACGUGCCUGGGACAUGGGGCCCCGAUGACUCGGAUUCGGCGCAGACUCCGGAGGGUUGGGGUCCCGACCCCGGGGGCCUCGGGGUUCUGGCCGAGGGGUCCGAGGCGAAGCCUUUCCUGCCGGGCCGGGAGCCUGGCGCGAACCUGCUGGCACCUUGGGCGUUCCCUGCCACCGUGGCUGCUCCGGCAGGGCGGCCCGAGACCACGUGCGACGUGUGCGGCAAAGUGUUCCCGCACCGGUCCCGGCUGGCCAAGCACCAGCGCUACCACGCGGCCGUCAAGCCCUUCGGCUGCGACGAGUGCGGCAAGGGCUUCGUGUACCGCUCGCACCUGGCCAUCCACCAGCGCACGCACACCGGAGAGAAGCCCUUCCCGUGCCCGGACUGCGGCAAGCGCUUCGUCUACAAGUCGCACCUGGUCACGCACCGGCGCAUCCACACGGGCGAGCGGCCCUACCGUUGCGCCUUCUGCGGUGCGGGCUUCGGGCGCCGCUCCUACCUGGUCACGCACCAGCGCACGCACACCGGAGAGCGGCCCUACCCGUGUCCGCACUGCGGCCGCAGCUUCAGCCAGAGCUCGGCGCUUGCGCGGCACCAGGCGGUGCACACGGCCGACCGGCCGCACUGCUGCCCCGACUGCGGCCAGGCCUUCCGCCUGCGCGCCGACUUCCAGCGCCACCGGCGCGGCGGCGGUUGCACGGAGCCCGGCGGCGAAGGCCCUCGGCGGGAGGCCUGCGACGCGGUCCCUGCGGCGGGGCACGAGGAGGCCGAGGCCGGACCGGAGGGGCCGGAGGAGGCCGAGGCCGGCGAAGCGGACGGAGAGGCCGAGGUGGAGGCGAGAGAGGAGGCGGCGGCGGUGGGGCCCACCCCCGGGAGCAAGGAGGACCCCGAGCCGGACAGGCGGUUCCUCGAGGUGGGCAACGGCCUGGGGGAGGGCGAAGGCCCUUCCUCGCACCCCCUCGGCUUCCACUUUCCCGUGCACCCUAAGUCCUGGCUCCACCCGGACGGCUUCCCGAUCCUGGGCCUCCCGGACUUCGGGGACCGGCUGCCGGCCGACGGGCGCCCCCUGCCGGGACCCCUAGGGGGCCGACUCGCCCUGGUGGAGGGCGCGGGGCUGGCCUGCGACCCCUUCGGCGGCAGCGGACCGGGGGGCGGCGGCGGCGGCGGCGGCGGGCUCCGCGCGUUCGCGCCGGCCGUCGGGGGGCUGCUGGCCGAGCCUGCGCCCGCGGCGCUGGCCGAGGAGGAGAGCCCGUGGAUCUGCUCCGACUGCGGCAAGACGUUCGGGCGCCGGGCGGCGCUGGCCAAGCACCAGCGCUACCACGCGGGCGAGCGGCCGCACCGCUGCGCGGACUGCGGCAAGAGCUUCGUGUACGGCUCGCACCUGGCGCGCCACCGCCGCACGCACACGGGCGAGCGGCCCUUCCCGUGCCCCGAGUGCGGCGCGCGCUUCGCCCGCGGCUCGCACCUGGCGGCGCACGUGCGCGGCCACACGGGCGAGAAGCCUUUCGUGUGCGGCGUGUGCGGCGCGGGCUUCAGCCGGCGCGCGCACCUGACGGCGCACGGGCGCGCGCACACGGGCGAGCGGCCCUACGCGUGCGGCGAGUGCGGCCGCCGCUUCGGGCAGAGCGCGGCGCUGACGCGGCACCAGUGGGCGCACGCCGAGGAGAAGCCGCACCGCUGCCCCGACUGCGGCAAGGGCUUCGGCCACAGCUCAGACUUCAAGCGGCACCGGCGCACGCACACGGGCGAGAAGCCCUUCCGCUGCACCGACUGCGGCCGCGGCUUCGCGCAGCGCUCCAACCUGGCCAAGCACCGGCGCGGCCACACGGGCGAGCGGCCCUUCCCGUGCCCCGAGUGCGGCAAGCGCUUCUCGCAGCGCUCGGUGCUCGUCACGCACCAGCGCACGCACACGGGCGAGCGGCCGUACGCCUGCGCCAACUGCGGCCGCCGCUUCUCGCAGAGCUCGCACCUGCUCACUCACAUGAAGACGCACCGCAGCGCGGCCGGCACCCCCGGCUCGGCGGCCGCGCCCCCCGCGUCCAAGGCCGAGGCGCCCGCCAAGGGGCCGCCGGGCGCGGGCAGCGGGCCCGGGGAGCGCGGCAGCACCCUGCUGGAGUUCGCGGGCGGAACGAGCUUCGGCUCCGAGCCCGCGGCCGCCUUCGCGGGGCCCUCGGGCGCCUACGAGGAGAGCAUCCUGUGAUGGCCCGAGGCUGACGGAGGCGCAGCCCGCUGGGCCGCCGGCCCCUUGCUCCUCUGUCCUUGGGGUGCUGAGGGCCCCAGUCCUGGUGCGGUGCCUUCCCCUCAGCCCCCGGCGCACCGCCCCGCCCGCCCCCGCCCGGCCUCGGGCGCCCCUCCUGCCCGGCCCCGGGGAAACCGGGCCGCCAAGCCCGUCCGGCCGUACCGGGGGCGCGCGGGGAGAGGAGAGCCGCGCGCGCGGAGGAGGCGAGGGCAGGGGGCGGCCACCCCGACCAAGACUGCGGCAUCCCUGGGUCUGUGCUGUGAAGCCAAGCGGUAGGGAUGGCGGGCGAUGUUAUUUAUUUCACUCGGAUUCCAAUUUGGGUGGCCUGGGGUACCGGCGGCCGACGAGUUUGUGAGUGGGUUGUACAGCGAGGGCGGGGAUGCCCUUGCGUCAAGGGGAGGGGAGGGUGGUCGAGGGCAGAGCAUCCCGUUCCUCCUCCCGUGGGUUCGGCUGACGACUUCUUCCAUUCCUCAGUGAGAGACUUCAGGGACCUUCUGGUCAUUUGAGUGUGUCCAGGAAGUUUUAGGGACUGCGCGUGGCUAAGGGGAAGCCUUAGGGUUUCCAGAGGACGAUGUUCCUCCCUACCCGGGGGGACAGACAUGCAGCUAGGAGAGCUUUUAUUCUGUCUACUGUGGAUAUUUAUUUCCAUCUCUUGUGUGGCCUGAAGAAUCUGGGAGGAGAAAACGGCAGAAACCAAAUUUGUGGCCCCAGGCUGGUGGGUUGCAGGUGUUUGCAGGGUCCUGAGGGAGUUUGAAGCCUUACUCUGGGGAGAGUCACCCACUCUCCCCACCCCACUGGAGCACCCGGAUCAGCCAGGCACUCGUGUUGCCGGGUAGGUUUCGGUCUCAGCCUCCUCUUCGAGCCCUUCGGUACUCUCACCCCCGACAGCCAGAGGCGGCACACUCAGAGAUCCUUGGGGGCCUCUUGCCCGCCGCUGAGCCAAGGCCCCAGCCUUCAGCUGCCUGGGCUGUCCCCUCCCCUGGGGCAGGUGGACACACAAGGCCCUGCCCUCUGAGCCCAAUGCUUCUUUAGAUUUAAUAACCAACUGUAAAGCAGCAGGUCGGCAGCAGGAUCGUUUCUCACAACCCUACGGGCUUGGGGCCCUGUGAUGUCUGCAGGUCCCUUUAACUCUGCUUCUGUCACUAUUCUGUACUAGAAGCAAGUAGUGUUUCCGUUUAGAAUCCCAUUUCACAGGAUGGACAGUCUGCACAGUGGCAGUCCACCUCUGGGGGUGCGGACUUGAGCCUGUGGCUCAGUGACAAGCCAGGCACCCAGCUAUGCAAGGCCCGCCCCUGGUGGGCACCCCACCCUCCGGGUUGGGCCAUUGGGAGCCACUGGGCAGGCAGCUGAAGUGUGGCUCACGUGAGAGCCCUCUCUUCCCUCAUGCCUUUUGGGCCAAUGUGAGUGGGGCCAGAAAACAGACUUUGAAACAACUGCAUUCCCUUUUAGACCUAGUUCCUUCUGUUUUAGUGUAGGCAUGGCCUUGGGGCCUGAGAGCCAGCAGCCGGGCUCUCCAGCGCUGGGGGCGGGGUAGGAAGCGCAGUAGUUGGUGGGUGGGGCGGGGGCGUGGACGGUGGUGGUAAGAAUUCGCCUGGCUGGAUGAGGUGACGGGGUGGGGUGGGCGACCAGGAGGACAGGGGUCCCGGGAGGCGUCCGCAGUGCUGGGCGAUGCCUUCCUGCCCUCAGUUUCUUUGCUCUCCCUGUGGGCCGGGAACGUCGGGGGCCAAGGGCAAGGCGGACUAGCCCUGCGCGGCCGGGGUCCGGCUCCGUGCUCCUCCCUCCGUGCACACCCCUCAGAGUACGACCUGACCUUCGGUGCCCCUCCUGGGCCCCAGCUGCUGCCGCCUGGCCGCGGAGCCAUCGGCAGGAGGACCUAGCUUUAAUAAAGAGUGGAGAAAUGAGCUUUCUGACUGCAUUCCGUGUUGUUGCCGCUCGGCCCCUCCGUGCCCUCAGGGAGGCUCUCUGUGAGGGCUCAGGCCUUGUUUUUGCAAAAAAGAAAAAGAAGAAAAAAGCGUUUUGUUUGUUUGUUUGUUUGUUUGUUUUAAGGAGUUUCUCCUUUCAGAAACUAAAAUUGGCCUCCGAGGAGUCAGCCCACGAUGAGCUUUGGCCUGCUGCCUGUGUCCGCCACGUCUCUCUGGGAGUCCCCAGCCACACUGCCACAUGCUCUUUGUAAUACACCCAUCCUGGAACCUUACUGUGUUUGGGAUUGUUUGCUCCAGCUUUCCCGCGGUCAAAGGAGAGGGGCCAGGUCCCCUUCCUGGGGGUCCAGACACCUGCCGAGUCCCAGACAUUUCCUCAGAGGCCCCAGCGCUUCGUGGGCUUAUCCGGGCUUACCUGCUCUGUGCCGGGGAGAAGCGCACAUCCCAGGACCCCAAACACCUUCCUUUGAGCUGAUUUACUGACUAUCUGCUCGCCACAUGAUGUCCCCCCAACCAGAUCUGACCUCCCACCCUUUCCCCAAGCAUUUGGAAAAUACAAACUAUGAAGUAAAUUCUCUUUCAAAGGUGAUUUCGAAGCAUCAGAACCGAGCCCAAUAUUUCAGUUUAAAAAAAAAAAAAAAAAAAAGACAGGCUUUGAGAGGCAAAUGGAGGUUAAGACCUAGUUAAAAAUUGAUAGCCUUGAGGAUCUUGAAGUCUAUUCAGAAAAGGUAAAUUCUUCCCUGAUAGGGCUUAGAGACGUCCAGCCAAAUUCUUUUUUAUUUGGGGGAUGGGGGGGGGGGCAAUCCUGAUGGUCACAGAAAAAAAAAAAAAGCCCUUCUGGUGUUGAGAGGACUUCUCAAUUAAUGGAGUCCCUAAUCAGUUCCCCAAGUAUCAGUUUAUCAGCUUCGAUCAUUGCCAAGGAGUGGAAGCCCCCGUGAGAUGUGACCCAUGAAAGGAGGUACUCUGAGAGUUUUGAGGCUCUGAGCAUCCCUCUGGCCUCCACCCACCUUUGUCAUUUUCCUGUUUGUCUACUGCUUGUAUUUCCCCAACCUCCUCCCUGUCUCCUGACCCUUACACUUGAUCUCUUCAGACACUUCCUUCUAACUUUUUUUCUUUCUCUAAUUGGCUACAUAUGGAAUAAAGUAUUUUGAGAUUUUUUGGUUAUAUUUAUUAAAUAAAGCUUUAUGAUCCUUG